AUGCUGGGCGAAUUGUUCGCCCGCGACCACAAAGAUGGCGUCUACAAAAUCACUGACCCAUGGCCCGUCCAGGACAUCGUCUACGUCGCCAUCGUCGGCACCAUCAUGUUGGCAGCUCUUCUCGAAUGGUUCCUCUGGCUCGCCGCCUUUGAGUACUGCUUGGUCAAGGUCUUCCAGAAGGCCGAGACUAUUAGCAUUAGAAUCCUGGCUGUCAUCAUGAUGGUUCUCUUCUUCUGUUUCCGUGCCAUCUUCUUGCCCAUUAUGGUUGUCACCCUUCCGCUUCCGCCGCAAAUUGUGGUAUACUUCCCGCACAACAUGGUGAACGUCCUCCAGUGGUUCGCCUUCUGGUCUUUCUCCGGUCUUCUUAUUAUCCCGUGGCUCAUGUGCGUGUUCCAACUGGUCACCCACUCCGUCGGUCGCACCAAGAGGAUCAAGCAUGUUCUCGAUGAGAGCUCUGCUCCCAAGGUCGUCAUCGUCAUGCCUUGUUACAAGGAAAUUCCCGACAUUCUGCUCCGUACGAUCGACUCUCUUGUCGACUGCGAGUACCCGCCUUCCUGCCUGCACAUCUUCCUUUCCUUCGAUGGUGAGGAGGAGGACGAACUCUACCUCAACACUAUUGAGAAGAUUGGCGUCCCAUUGACCUUGGACUCCUACCCCAAGAGUAUCGAUGUGACCUACCGCAGCUGUCGUAUUACCGUCUCUCGUUUCAAGCACGGUGGUAAGCGUCACACCCAGAAGGCGACUUUCCGCCUCAUCGACAAGAUCUACACCGAGUACCUCAAGCGCAACGACAACCUGUUCAUCCUUUUCAUUGACUCAGACUGCAUUCUCGACAAGGUGUGCAUUCAGAACUUCAUGUACGAAAUGGAGCUCAAGCCUGGCAGCAAGCAAAACAUGUUGGCCAUGACUGGUGUCAUUACCUCCACUACGGAAAAGAACAGCUUCCUCACUGUCCUGCAAGAUAUGGAGUACAUCCACGGUCAGCUCUUCGAGCGUUCUGUCGAGUCGGGAUGCGGCGCUGUCACGUGCUUGCCUGGUGCCUUGACUAUGCUUCGUUUCUCCGCUUUCCGUAAGAUGGCCAAGUACUACUUCGCGGACAAGGCCGAGCAGUGCGAGGACCUUUUCGACUAUGGCAAGUGCCAUCUUGGCGAGGACCGUUGGCUUACCCACUUGUUCAUGAUUGGCGCUCAGGAGAGGUACCAGAUCCAGAUGAACACCGGUGCUUUCUGCAAGACCGAGGCCGUCCAGAGCUUCAGAUCCCUGCUCAAGCAGCGUCGCCGUUGGUUCUUGGGUUUCAUCACGAACGAGGUUUGCAUGUUGACAGAUAUCCGUCUCUGGAAGCGCUACACUUUCCUCUGCAUCAUUCGUUUCGCCAACAACACCAUCCGUACGACGGCCUUGCUCUUCUUCAUCAUGGUCAUCUCCCUCAUCACGACUUCGCAAAAGAUCAAGAACCUGCCCGUUGGUUUCAUCGGUGUCUCGCUCGGUCUGAACUGGCUUCUCAUGGUUUACUUCAGCGCGAGGCUCGGUCGCUUCAAGAUCCUGAUGUACCCUCUCAUGUUCGUCGUCAACCCCUUCUUCAACUGGAUGUACAUGGUCUACGGUAUCUUCACUGCUGGUCAGCGUACCUGGGGUGGCCCUCGUGCCGACGCCAGUGGCGCUGAUGAGAACCAAACUGCUGCCGAAGCCAUCGAGAAGGCCGAAGAGCAAGGAGACGAUCUCAACGUUGUCCCGGAAACUUUCAAGCCCGCCGCCGAAAUCCAGAGGCAGAAGUCCAAGAAGGGUGGCAAGGCUCCCCAGCUUUCCCUCCAGCCCUCGGACCACCUCGAGGGUCGUUUCGCCGCUCCCCAGAGGCUCCCCGGCGGCUGGUACCAGCAAGCCAACGACUCUGGUCUCACCAUUCCCGAUCUUGGUCCCCGCGACCCCAACGCUCCUCGCAUUCCUCUUCACCCACGUGCCUCCUGGGACUCCACCAUCACCGCCACCUCGGCCGGCAACUCCGUCUACAUUCCUCGUCGUGUCGAAUCCGUCAUGGACCCCGAAGGCCUCACCCAGUACCAACAGGCGCAGGCUGCUCAGAGGCCCGCCGGUGGUGCUUUCUACGAAACUGACAACACCGAUUAUGCUUCGAUGGGCAAGGCUGGUUUCAACGAUUCGCUCGAGUCUGUCGAUGCCGAUUCCGUCUACAGCAACCCUUACGGAUACGCCGGCUACGGAAAGGAAGCGACUGUUACCAACACCAUGGAGCUUUCGUCUCCUCGCAACCCUCACGCGCGCAUUCCCAGCAACAAUUCCAUGCGCUCUCCUGGCUCGCCCUUGAUCGCUGAGGUCAGCCAGUCCGAGGAUCCUCUCUCCGUUCCUGGAAUUUCCCACAACGCCAACAACUCGUACAGCUCCCGCAACGGUCGCUCCCCGCUCGCGCGCACGUCAUUCAUGCGGACCGGCGAGGAGGAAGCUGGUAUUGAGCUGCAGCAGGCACAGGGUCUCAUGGACCCCCGCGCUCGCAGCGUAAGCCCGGGUCCCGCGCUCAUGAUCCCACCGCCGCAGCCCCCCGCGGAAGAUGCCGGUCAUGAGAGGCAAGACAGCGGCGAGGGCGAGCGCCAGAGGAGGAGAUUGCAGAAGCAGCCCAAGCGCUACAGCGACGCAUGA